AUGCCCAUCUCCUCACUGCUCCACGCACCUGCCGUUGCCGCUGCCGCUGCCGCUGACGCUGCCGCUGCUGCUGCUUCGGCUGCACCUGAUGCCUCAUCCGGCUGCCGGCUGCCGGCUGCCGUCUGCGCAACCAUCAUGCCCACCUCGGUGAUCUGCAAUAGCAUCGCCAAGGCCGCCAGCGCCGCAUGUGCGGGCCACGUACUCCUUACUGUGCCACAUACAUGA